UUUAAUCCAUCAGCUCAAUCGAUAGCGAAGGAAGAGGAAACCGUUUGAUUCAUUUCUCUUUUAUGUUCAUUCAAAAUUCGCACUAUGUCUACGACGGCGCGUCCGGUGGGUGGAACAGGGUUACGGGAUAAGGCCUCGGUGGUGCAACAGCUAGCUUCCCACAUAAAAGCAGGAAGCAAGAGCGACGUCAAAGAGUUCCAAACCUGCUGCAUCACUCUCGCCGAAGGAGUUGAUUACGCGAUAGCUAAUAAUAAAAUCCCGAAAGGGGUUCAAGAUCUUCCCUCCUUGCUUAAACAGGUGUGCCAACAACAUAGAAACGAUGUGUACACUAAGGCUGUGGUUAUGGUUCUCAUGUUCUCCAUCAAGCAUGCUUCUAAACUGGGGUGGUUUUCGGACAGGGAGGGUCAAGAACUCAUCGCUCUUGCUGAUCAGAUGAAGAAUGAUUUUGGGAGUCCUGAAUACACGAGCCUUGCUAUUCAAAGUCCUGGUGGUACAUUAUCGCAGAUCAUGGAUAGGUUUUAUCCAUUUGUGAAGCUUGGCCAUGUUCUUGUUUCUCUUGAAGUGAAGGCUGGCUAUACAAUGCUUGCUCAUGAUUUUCACAUCUCGAUAAAUAUGCCGCAGUCUCCUCAAGAGAGUAUUCGGCUAUUUGUCGUCCAGACAGACAGCAUAGACACGUCUUCCUGUCUUAUAAAUCCUCAAGAAGUCAGCUUCAUGUUAAAUGGAAAGGUGGUCAACAAGAGAGUUAACAUCUCAAUGGAUUCGGGGCCUCAACUCCCAACAAAUGUUACUGCCAUCGUCAAAUAUGGAACGAACCUCUUACAAGUUAUGGGAAAUUCCAAAGGCCAUUACAUCGUUGUAAUCGCUCUUACGAGUAUAGCACUGCUACCUGAAAAACCACUUCUUAAAGAGUACAUUCAGUCUGGAGCUGUAGAGUCAAGUCCAGAUUCUGACAUCAUUGAGGGGCCAUCAAGAGUAUCUCUCAGAUGUCCUAUCAGUCACAGCCGGAUAAAGCUUCCAGUCAAAGGCCAGUUGUGUAAACAUCUUCAGUGUUUUGAUUUCUGGAAUUAUGUCAACAUAAACAUGAGAAAACCAGCCUGGCGCUGCCCUCAUUGCAACCAAACUGUUUCUUACCCAGAGAUCCGUUUUGAUCAAAACAUGGCCAAGAUAUUAAAAGAUGCGGAGCACAAUGCUGCUGAUGUAAUCAUCCAUGCUGAUGGUACAUGGAAGGUUGGAAGGGAAAAUAUUGGGAACGAGGAACCUGUUCGUGAUGCAAUAAUCCACGAUCUUGAAGACCCAAAUAGCUUGUUAAAUACCGGUCCAGUUGUCUUGGAUCUCACUGGGGUUGAUGAGAAUGAUGCUGAUAUUGAACUAUUUGGUAACACCAACAAGGUUGUGGACCAGAAGCCUCCCUUGUCAGAUGCUCAUGGUCAAUCUAACAACAACAACGCAAGCAAAGAUCCUUUGGGCGAAGAUUACUGCUCUAUGUUCAACUUCUCUGAUGUGAUAUCAGUUGACCAGGUGAUGCUAGAUCACCUGAGUACUGGAACUGGUCAAGAUAACUCUCAAAUACCAAUGCCUCAAGAUCCAACACCUGUACCUGCGCCAUUCUCACAGGCACCAUCUCCAGGAGAGAUACCAGCAACUACUUCCACUGUCUUUCCAUCUACUCAGUUCUCUCAGGCUCAUGCUUCACCUGUUACUCCCGCGGGAACAUAUGUUAGUAGAACCUCUACGCAGACACCGUCAUUGACAACUUCAUCACAGAGACGGAGGCACCCAGUUCAAGUUACGAGCCAGUCUCCUGUCAGUGUUUCAUUUUCGGCUCAGUCUACGCAUAUCCCUACACUACAUGCUUCCCAGCCUAACAGUCAUUUCGUGCCAAGUCGUAACAGUAACCAUUUAACCACACAGACGCAGCGACCGAGUAGCCCCCCUGUUCAAUUCAUGUCCCGAACCAGUGACCUAAUGGAUGUGGAUUCGGCUACUCCUGAUGCAACCAACUGGCGUCCAAGGAUGCGAGGCAGUAUUACUCCCGGUUCAUGUUCCCCUGCUCUUGACCACAUGAUCAUCCGACCGACCCAACAGUCUCAGACUAGGCUUCACGGUUCACAACCGGCGCAGACACCACCUGUUGAAUCGUCUCAGGCUCAGCCGCCUCUUUCAACCGCCCCUCCGACCUUCACGAGGCCUUCUGGACCGACAGCAACAUGGAGAACUUGAGAGGCUAGAACAAGGGAAGGUUGAUGCUUAGGACAGACAACUCUUAUCGUAAUGAGCUUUUGUAACUUGUUAAUAUGAAGAAAGAAAUGUUGGCAGUGCUGUUGUAUUCCACACAACGAUCCCAUAAAGGGCGAAUCUUAGGAGCAGUGUUUAAUUAGUCAAAUAGCUUCCUAAUUAGUUGAGGUGGAUCAAUGUAUGAAAUUUAUAAUUAUAUAUGUAAGACUUAGAGUUGAAGGUA